UCGUCUGGGUCGUCCAUCCAAAUAUCCAUCCAUCCCAAACUUCUCCUAUCCACUCCACUCCACUCCGGCGUCGUCCCUUCGCCGCCGUCUAAAAGAGAGUGAGUACUCCGUGUUCCUCACCAUCGCCGCCUUCUCUCUCCUCCCCGGCUCCCUCGGAUUUCCUCACUACCUAAAGAGGCAAGAACUACCAGCUGCCAGGUCACCAUUCGCCGCCGAGGGGCUCGCCGGCAAACGGGGCGCCGCGAAGGCUCCACAGAGGGGGCGUUGGUGUGGACAAGAUAAGAGUUUCUUUGCCUGUUGAUAAAAGGGAAACUAGUGUCCAACGCCACGAGGGCAAUUUCCCCGGAUUGAUAAUAUCUUGAUUGCUCCAGCCACGCGAUUCUCUUGGUUGCCGAUUUUAGCAAUAGGGCAGGGGAUAUAAUGCAGGGGAGGUAGACUCUUUGCUGAGUUCUGCUGGAAAUUCUGUGCCAGCAUGUGUGCUAAUGGUGCUUCUUGGGUUCUUGGUGUGGAAGUUGGUAUGUUGCAAUGAUAUACAGUGUACACGAUAGAAGAAUGCUGAUGACAUGAGCCUGUGGCCGUUCCAGGUGCAUUUGCCCUUGUGUUCCAAGUACCACUGGGGCUAGGAACAUGUGGUCGCCGUUUCAUGACCUUCAUGAGCUGUUCUGCGGUCAGCUCCAACAGCAUUGCACUCCGGCAUCUCAGCGAGGAUAGGAUCCAGCGCCGGGGUGCCUGUGCAUGCAAGAUGUUCACCCUUGGUUCCCACAGGAAGAGGGUGAGGCACCCGGUGGUCUUCGCAAAGAAGAGGCGGCGGCCCAAGAAGUGGGAAAGUCCAUGGUGGAAGCCAUUUUUCUCAGAUUGGAAUGAUGACAAGGAGAAUUUGGCUGUUUUGAGGGAGGAUGACGAAUCGUCUGAGGAGAUUGGCAGUGACCAAGAGCUGUCGGAGAAUGAGAAGUUUGAGACGUGGAGGAGGAAAGCUGAGGCAAUUGUUGAGCUGCGGGAAGCCCAGCAGGAUGCUAUGAAUGCCGAGGAACGGUCGUGGGAGGAUUGGAUCAGUGGGGGCACCACAUCGGGGGGAGGAGACUGGGGCGGGGAUGCGAGCGUGUUGGACCAGAUAACUGAUGAUCCUGCAGAGAUACUGAGGGAUAAGAGCGCUAUUGAAGUUUUCAGAGAUUCCAUUGAUGAAGAUUAUGAUGACAUGUUGUUUGAAGAUCGAGUUUUUAUGUAUGCCUCAACAAAUUCGGCCAAAUUUCUGGCACUACUGAUUGUGGUUCCAUGGUUCAUAGAUUUUCUAGUCCAUGACUAUGUUAUGAUGCCCUUUUUAGAGAGAUAUGUCCAGAAGGUGCCGCUUGCUGCUGAGUUACUUGAUGUAAGACGCAGCCAAAAGCUCCAGAUGGUUAAAGACCUAAAUAUUGAGAAGGCAAGAUACCGUUUUGAAGUAGAGAUUGGUAAAUCUCCUCCACUUUCUGAUGAGGAGGUCUGGUCAGAGUUGCGGGAAAAAGCGUUAGAGUUGAGAGAUGAAUGGAGAUUAGAAAACCGGAAUGCUUUUGCAAAUAUAUGGUCUGAUAUGGUUUAUGGGCUUGUGCUAUUCCUUCUUAUCUGCUUCAACCCGAGCAAAGUUGCGAUGCUGAAGUUCACAGGAUAUAAGUUGCUAAAUAACAUCUCAGACAGUGGGAAGGCCUUUAUUAUUAUUCUAGUAUCAGACAUCCUUCUAGGGUACCAUUCAGAGCCAGGUUGGCAUACAAUGGUAGAGGUUAUUCUAGAGCACUAUGGGCUUGAAGCUGAUCAAGCUGCAGUCACAUUUUUUGUUUGUUUGGUGCCUGUUGCUUUCGACGUGUUAAUAAAGUUUUGGGUAUACAAAUACCUUCCGAGAUUAUCACCCAGUGUGGGCAACAUUUUGGAUGAAAUAACGCGGCACUAGAGAAUUUCAUUUUUGAUUGUUUUCAUUGGGAAAUCUCUUGGAAAAUGGUCGUCUUCGAGGUAAGAGUAGAUGAAUAUUCUAUUGGAUUAGCAUUCCAAAUUUUGAGUUCUGAAGGACCUCUUUGUCUGAACGGCCUCAUAGAACGCCUGCCUGAUCAUCAAUCGGGUGUCAGGCUAUUUGCCAUGUCCGGGAAUUGGCAAAGCUAGCUAUAUUCUCUGAUCGAGCAUAAAGAUUCUGCACGGGAUCCCCUACAGGAAAAUUCAGAUUGUUUUGACAUGAUAUUCAUCAGUGGCAAUCGGUUUUGCCUGGAAAGUCUUACAAGCGGAGCCAUGCUUCAGUUCAGUUUCUUCUGUGCAAAUUGUGAAGAAAGUAUAGCAUACAUCGUGGUCAAUUCAAUAUGCCUGUUGAUUUUUUUCUCUCUCGAAUACUUGCUUGAAUUAAUGGCCUGCAUCUAUCAAGUGAUGUAUACAACUUCACGUCUUGGAUGGUCAAAACUGAAGUUAAAACCUACAAGCAUUUGGGAAUUUCAUAUUUCAAUCACAUCCUCAAUCCGCAAGCUGUAUAAGUGUGAUUAAAAUAUGGAAUUUGCAAGUUUUUAAUCUCCAGAGACAUACACUCAA